CCGUGGCGCGACUCUAUCGUCCUCUUCACCGGGCUGUCCCCUUUUCCUGAGCUGACAAGACCUCUCUAACGUCACAUCUACCAGAGAGGCACUCGUUACCUUCGUUUCAUUUUGGCCCAUGUCAAGCGGCAUGUGAUUACCCUAUGUCUAGAGACGGUACUCUACACCGUGAGCUCAAGCAGUGUGUUUCGUAUAUACAGUGAUAAACACGCUGUCGCAUCCUGCCUAUAGCCUCCCCGGACAUCAGCGCAAUGUCCGCUUCGCCAGACCAAGACCGGGGAGUGUCGCUUGACGUUGCCGUCAGUCAAGCGGCUAUGGUCUCCCACGAUCUUCAAAUCAGCAAGAAGAAACGAAGUAACUCUGAAGCGACUGAAUACCCCCGAAGGCGUGCAACCAUAGCCUGCCAGAUAUGCCGUUUGCGAAAAACAAGGUGCAAUGGCGCACGGCCAAGGUGUCAGCUUUGCACAGAUCUUGACGCAGACUGCGUUUAUCGCGAGCCUGGAAUUAAACUGGAUGCCGGUGAUAAAUUAAUCAUUGAUCGGCUGAGCCGAAUCGAGGGAUUGCUCCAGUCUAAUCUGGUAGGACUGACUGGUCAUUUCCCGGUGGCCUCAACAUCUCCAGCCACCAGUAAUGACACCAACAUUGGCAGUGAUGAGAUGACCGCGAGAGCAAAUACCCUCGUCCCUGCUACACGUGGACGAACGUCUAUAGUUGGAAUGGGUUCUUGGGCAAAUCCACCGACCAGCAUCUCAACAAUGCCUAAACUACACACCACGCCCGCACUGCACCUCUUGCAAUGGCCCUUGAUCCGUGACCUGGUUGCUGGUCCUUACGAUCCACAUACUCUUCUGCAGCUGGAGAUGGUCCGUGAACCCCUCAAAAUGAGCACUGCCAUGGGUUUCGAUUUGUCAAAUGCGACCUCGUAUGUCCAGGCUUUUUUUGAGCGCGUCAAUGUCUGGUAUGCAUGUGUCAAUCCCUACACAUGGUCUCAAUACUACAAAACCGCCCUUUCACUCGGGUUCCGGGAAGGACCAGAGAGUUGCGUUGUACUCUUGGUGCUUGCCCUUGGCUGCGCUAGUCAACACGGCACCAUAUCCUCGAUCUCCCCGGACAGGGAACACCCAGGACUGCCAUAUUUCGUUGCUGCCUGGGGCCUCCUCCCAUCAGUCAUGAUGCGCAACUCUGUGGUUGCUGCCCAGUGUAUCGUUCUGACAUCGGCUUACCUAUUUUAUCUAGUGAGGCCACUGGAAGCAUGGACCCUCCUAUCCAAUGCAAGCAUGAAACUACAGUUGUUGUUUGGCAACACCUCUCGUAUCCCACUACAAUGGAGGGAGCUGAGCGUGAGGAUAUACUGGAAUGCCCUCCUCUACGAAAGCGACCUGCUCGCGGAACUAGAAUUACCCCAUUCGGGUAUUGUACACUUUGAAGAACUUGUUGAUCUUCCCGGGGGAUUUGAAGAAGAAGAAGAAGACGAUGAUGAUGUGGACGGCGAUGAUAGCGACAAUUCUAUUGACGAUGAUGUCGACGGUGACAUCGAUCUCAGAAAAGAACGCGGCGUGGACAAGACCAAUGAACCUUCAGUAGGCCGAGACGAGCUCUGGUAUUUCUUGGCCGAGAUUGCCCUGAGAAGGCUCCUCAACCGAGUCAGUCAUAUGAUCUACCAAAAAGACAACACGUUGACUCUUGCAUCACUGGGCCCUAUUGUCUCAGAACUCGAUUUUCAACUUGCCCAAUGGUAUGACAACCUGCCUCAAUCCGUUCAGUUCCCCCUUUUGCACCCCCCAAUAUCAAAUCCGGUCCAGACGGUUCUGAGACUACGAUAUUACGCAUGUCGAACUAUAAUCUAUCGACCUUACAUACUGGCGGUCUUCGAGAACGAACAAGCGGCCUCCGAUCCCGUGGUGCGAGAGUGUUGCUGGCGGUGUUUAGAGGCAACGUUGCGUCAACUAGAACAUAUAACCAGCCAUCGCGAGGGACAUCUGCCUUACCUUUGGCAGGGCGCGCUUUCUAUGGUGUCCCAAUCAUUGUUGAUAAUGGGAGCAACAAUGUCACCCGCCCUUUGUGGACUACUGCCAGCCGCUGCCCGCGUGGACGAGAUUAUAUCAGGUGUCAUAGCAGAGGUGGAGAGGUAUUCCCACCUCGCCCCGAGUUUGAAGUUAUCUGCGGAAAUUAUCCGUGAUGCGGAGAAACGGCGACAGCUCUGCUUAAGAUCAGCUAGAGGACGGGUGUAGGUGCCUCUUCUUAACAUAUAUAUAUAUAUAUAUAUAUUUUGAUCCGUUGGUCUUUUUUCCCUCGAUCAAGGCUAUUUUACAAUUACUUAGAACCAUGUUUCCACGUCCGUUUUGUA